AUGGCCAAUUUGCUGACCUUCGGCAUCGUCGCCGCCCUCUUCCUGGCCGGCAUCUCGUUGUACCGGUAUGGAAACAUACCACGACAGCACAUUUUGGUCACGCUCUCCGUGCUGACAGCCUGGUGUUUCUCGUUCCUGAUAGUCUUUGCAAUACCACUCGAUGUCACCUCGACACUUUAUCGCCAAUGCGUGAACGAGCACCAAGCACCCACUCCAGCACCCAGCAAUAUCAGCAACACAGCAACCGCAAAUGUGACACCGACACCCCCUCAGCCAACAGAGUGCCAGGAACCCUGGGGUAUGGUUCCGCCCACCGUAUUUCCCAACCUAUGGCGCAUCAUCUACUGGAGCUCACAGUUCCUGACCUGGUUAAUCAUGCCCCUGAUGCAGUCAUAUCUAAAGGCUGGGGACUUUACGGUGAAGGGAAAACUUAAAUCGGCGUUGAUUGAAAACGCCAUCUACUAUGGAUCUUACUUGUUCAUCUGCGGCGUUCUGCUUAUAUACAUUGCCGUGAAAGGAGAGUCUUUGGAUUGGCAAAAACUGAAAGCCAUUGCAUCAUCGGCUUCCAACACCUGGGGUCUGUUUCUUCUCAUCCUGCUGUUGGGAUACGCCCUCGUGGAGGUACCACGUUCGCUGUGGAACAACGCGAAGCCGGGAUUCGCACUGCAAUACGCUUACUUCAAAGCAGCCAAGCUGAGUACCGAAAAGGCGGAAGCUGAGGAGCACGUCGACGACAUUCUGGAGUCACUACAGUGCAUCAGCCGGGUGAUCCCCAACAAUCACGAACUACGCCCUUGCCUGGAGACGAUUCUGCGCAAAGUGCCGAUUGAACUGCAGGAGCGGGCCAGUCGGAACUUCGCCCGCACCGGUGGCAGUGGUAUGGGAGCCACUAGUUCCACCAUUUUGCCAUCAGAGAAGGCCCUCGUGCGCAUCCACAAGCAGGUGAUCAAGUCCCUGCAGACGCUGCAGCGCACCGAGGCGCUUUGGAGUGUCCAGGUGCAGACGGUGCUGCACUUGGAGGACGUGGCACGGAAUAUCCACUCGUCCGAGCGACGUUUUAAGACAGAAUUCCCCCGACAGCGCUCCCAAAUAGAAAAAAUGUUCUACAGUGCAACUCUGCAGUGGUAUUGGGAAUGUUUGCUGAAGGCUCCAUACCUUAAGAGCUUGUGCGUCCUGACUGCCACCAUGUCCGCCGUAGUGGUCUGGAGUGAGCUGACUUUUUUCAGCCGCAAGCCAGUGCUCUCGGUGUUCGCCAAUGUGAUCAACGUGGCCAAGGAUAGCUACGACUUCUUGACCAUCGAGAUCUUUUCGAUGAUAGUUCUCUGCUACUUCUUCUACUGCACUUACUCCACCAUUCUGAGGAUUCGCUUCCUAAACCUGUACUACCUGGCGCCACAUCACCAGACCAACGAGCACAGUCUGAUUUUUAGCGGCAUGCUCCUCUGUCGUCUGACGCCACCCAUGUGCCUCAACUUCCUGGGUCUGAUUCACAUGGACACGAACAGUAUGGAAACCUACUACACCCAGAUCAUGGGCCACAUGAAUGUAAUUGGGAUCAUUUCGAACGGCUUCAACAUCUACUUCCCCAUGUGCAUGCUGGCCUUCUGUUUGGCCACCUGGUUCAGCCUUGGCAGCCGGGCUUUGAAUGCGCUUGGAUUCCAGCAGUUUCUGCAAAACGAGACGAUCGCCACGGAACUGGUGCAGGAAGGCAAGGAUCUGAUAGCACGCGAAAAACGACGCCGCCAGCGAGCCGAGGAGGCGAUGGCCAGGCGCCGAGAUUUCGGACGACCAGAUCCAGUUCUGGGCAGCGGAAGUGAUUAUCUAAGCAAAUACCGAAGCGGAGGAGCCAGUGCUCUCACCAGUAGUCGCACCCCAGCCGAUGGCCUGCUGCGCGAUGGCGACGGCACCUUCGACUAUGCGGCAGUCUCCUCCUCCUCAGCACUGGGCGUACCGAGAUCCUUGUCGGAGGAGAUCAACGACCGGUUCGGUGUCAGCACUCAGGUGCAGGUGGGAUUCCGAGAUCCCGACUACGAGGCGGAGCACGACCGCCGCAUUGUCGGCCCACCACCCCGAGGACUCUUUGACGACGUUUAGGUUCAAAAAAAAGGAUGCGUUUAUUUUAUAAAUCGUAACCAAAUAUCUCAUGUUCCGUAGUUAAUGCGUAGUCUGGCUUAAGUUUCCGCUGCAACUGCUGCUUCUGUUCCUUCACUCCAAUGUACACCAUUCGAUUGAAUAAACCACUAGAAUC